AUGGAAAAGGACCUGCCAGUCAAGACCCCCAAAUCCUCAAAAGAAAAAGACUCCUUCUCGCCUGACCUCUAUGCUGCAAAUGCCUACACCCUAAUCUCAUCACUUAUAGCUGCAUACCGCCCCACGCAUGUGCUCAUAGAGCGUCAGCGCUUCCGCUCAGGCGGGAGCAGUGCCGUUCUUGAAUGGACGCUGCGCGUUGGCUUGUUGGAGGGCAUGCUGUACGCUGUUCUGCAUACGCUCCGACAGGAGAGGGGCGGGGAAGUUGCGGAUUUGGUUAUUUGGGGUGUUGAGCCGAGACGGGUAGUCAGGUAUUGGCUUGAGGACCGUUCUGGGAUAUCAGAUUCAGGGAAAGGAGAUGUGGAAAAAUCCGAAGUCGGGGAAAAGGUGAAGGAGAAGAGACUCAACGCUCGAGAAGUGAAGAAGGCUAAGAUCGAUCUUGUUGGACGGUGGCUUUCUGCUGCGAUGCAGGGUACCAAUUCUUGUCUGGAGACGGGCGGGGGUAUUAAGAAGCUCGAUCUGGGUAUUGCUGCCGACGAUAAGAUAGUGCUUGCGGAUAAAUCUGAGUGUCCUGCUCUGCAUGGUGUUGCGGGUGCGUAUAUGCGGAAAUGGCAGGGCCAGACGCAGACGUCGAAGAAGGGAAAAGGGAAAGGGUCUCAUGCUUUGAAGAGUGGAUCCCUUUCUCCAUUGCCUGUAUCCCCUCAGUCUGAUAUGGUGGACGAGGUGGCCGCUGUUGAUCCGGGGAAACUCGAUGAUCUGGCAGAUUGUUUGUUGCAGGGUGUGACAUGGGUUGAAUGGCAAAUUAUGCGGGAUCGGAUUGCGAGAGAAGGGGUUGAAGCGUUGGAUUCGAUACCAUAA